AUGGAUCAAUUACCAGAAUUAGUACCAUUUUUACUUGAACCAAAAUCAGAAAUUAAACUUUUAGCAUUACAACAUCUUUUAGGUGUAUCAGAUAAUCAAGAAGCUAGAGAUAUUUUAAAAUCAACACAAAUUAUUAAUAAUUGUAUUAAAUUAAUUACAGAUUCAAAUCAUGUUGUUGUUAGACACGCAUUAACAAUCUUAAUUAAUUUAUGUCAAGAUACAGAUAUGUUGAAUGAUAUCGUUAAAAAGAAUAUCGUACCAAGAUUAGUUGAUGGUACAACUGAUACAAAAAAUAAAAUGAGUGAAAUUUUUGCAAUGCUUUUAUCAAAUGUUACUCAUACAAAAGAAGGUUGUUUAUCAUUAAUGCAAUGUGGUAAAGAAUUAGAGGCAUUCUUUAUAAUGAAAUUAGUUCAAGUGUUAACAAUGGAUUCAAAUCAAGAAGAUUAUUUUAAAUCAACUAAAAACAAUUGGAUUGUUAAUAUCAUUCUAAAUGUUACACAAAUUCAAGAAGGAAGAAAGAUUGUAUUAGAUAAAGAGAAUCAAAUAUUUAAAGAGAUUUUACCAUUGGUUAGACAUGAAAAUGUUAUCAAGAGAAGAGGUAUCCUUGGUAUAAUUAGAAAUUGUUGUUACUCUGAACAACAUCACGAUUAUUUAAUAUCACCAGAAGUUGAUAUUCUCACUAAAUUAUGUUUACCAAUUAGAGGUAAUGAUAAAUUGGAUGAUGAUGAUUUGGUUGGUUUACAUAUAGAUUUACAUAAUUCUUCUUUACCAAUUGGUAAUGAAAGAGAUCAAGAUAGAGAAUGUAGAAAAAUGGUUGUAGAAUCUUUAAUCUUUUUAACUGGUACUAAAAAAGGAAGAGUUUCAAUGAGAACUGCUAAAAUUUAUCCAAUUUUAAGAAAUUUAUUUAAUUUUGAAACUGAAGAAGAAUUACGUGAUAAUGUUGAAAAAGUUGUUGAGUUAAUUAUUAGAGAUGAAGAAGGUGAUCCAACUCCAGAAGAAAUUGAACAAAUGAAUAAAAAACAAAAAUUAGAAGAUGAAGAUGCUCAAUUUGAAACUGAUGAAAUUUAA